AGAUGCCGAAUGGGAUAGAACAAGAAAGAUAGUAGAAAAACAACUACGUCAAGAACUAAGAUGCACUGAUAACCGAGAGUCAAUCAAUCGGACCGCAUCAAUAAAAAGAAGACUCGAAAAAUUCAGCCACAACUGGAACUCGAAACUCAUGACCAUAAACAUCCCGGAACACUUCAUACCAUACUGCUCAUAUAACACCAACUACUCAUAA